AGGCCCACAUGCAGCCCUGAGAUUGGGACAGGGAAAAGGAGGGGAAGAGACUGCCUGAGAGCCUGGGAAAAAGGAGCCUCCCUCCUGCAUGGGACCUGGAUCAGAAACGACCACCUCCAGGACAAGGCAGUGCAGACCUGGGAAGUUCUCUGAGUCCUAGGCUCGCCCCCAAUUCAUUUCCCACCCUGUGCCGCCCUGGUCUGCACCCAGAGCCAGUUCCCGCCCCUAGUAGCAGCCCCCACGCUGGCGCUGGCAGACACUGAGGCCAUGGAGGUGAGGAUGCUGCAGGACUGGUGCAGGUGGAUGGGCAUCAGCGCCCGCAGGGGCCUGCUCAUCCUGGGCAUCCCGGAGGACUGUGACGAAGACCAGCUGCACGAGUCCCUGGAGGCCUCCCUGUGGCAAAUGGGCCACUUUGAGGUGCUGGGCAAAGUGUUUCGAGAGGAGGACAAUGCCAGUGCGGCCCUGGUGGAGCUGGACCGGGAAGUCAACUAUGCUUUGGUUCCCAGGGAGAUCCCAGGCAUCGGGCGUCCCUGGACCGUGGUCUUUGUGCCCAGAUGCUCAGGGGAGGACUUUCUGGGUCGUGUGUUCCACUUCCUGGAGCAACAGGGGCAGACUGUGGAGAGUGUGGCCGGAGCCCUGGGGCUGGGGCUGCGCAAGGUGUGCUGGCUGAGGUCUGUCAGUCAGGCCAUCCAGCCCUGGGUGGAGACAGUGCGGUACCAACCCCUGGGGGUGUUCUCAGGGAGGGACCAGCCAGGCCCGGGGGAGGAGUCCUUCGAGGCAUGGCUGGACCACACCACUGACAUGCUGCUUGUGUGGCAAGGGGUCUCAGAAAGGGAGAGGAGGAGGCGGCUGAUAGAAGGCCUCCGAGGGACGGCCCUGCAGGUGGUGCACGAGCUCCUGGCGGAGAACCCUGCCAGGACGGCCCAGGAUUGCCUGGUCGCCCUGAUCCAGGUGUUUGGAGACCACGAGUCCCAGGCCACCCUGCGGCUCAAGUGUCUAACCGCUCAGCGACGGUCAGGCGAGACUCUCUCUGCUUUCGUGUUGCGGCUGGAAGUCCUGCUACAGAGAGCCAUGCAGGACGGGGCCCUGGACAAGGCCUCAGUCGACCACUUGCGCGUGAGGCAGGUGCUCACCGGGGCCAACAUCAUUGAGCCACUGCAAGAGGCCCUGAGGAAGCUGGGCACGGUGGGGAGGCGUCCAACUUUCCUGGAGAUGCUCGGGCUGGUUCAUGAGGCUGAGGCAUGGGAAGCCAAUAUAGCCAGGAGUCUGAGAGCCCAGCCGGCAGAAGGGGCUGCUGCCAGGGCCAGUGCCCAGGCUGAUGCCAGAGCAAAAGCUCAGUCUGAGGGUGACAAGAUGGUGGAGAAGCAGCAACUGCAGGAGAAUAGUGACAACCAUGCCCCUGCCCUUGCAGGCCUGGGUCAGACAGGGCUCUCAGAGGCCCCUGGGGGACCCCUGCCUGCCCACAUGGGCAGUGUUUCCGGGGCAGGUCCAGGAGGUCCUGGCACUGUGCCAGAGGGCCUGGCCCAGGUGGGAGACCGGGAGGCCGAGGAACACCCCCAGGAGGGGCUCAAGCCCAUCCCGGAGGAGUCGGAAAGUGAGGACGGGGUUGGGGAGCUGAGCCCCGUCAUGUCCUCCCCUGGCAAAUAGCUAACAAGGCCUGGCACCCUCCUCUCCUUUCAGGCAGCAGAGCCCUGGAAUCAGGGGAGGGGGGGAGCCAGGCCAGGGCAACCUCCUCACACCACAUGGGGAGCAGGGCUCAGGGAAGGGCCCGCCCAGCUCAUACCAUACCCCCUACUCCCCCACCAUGCUAUGGGGGCCUGACCACCACCAUCAGCCCUUCCAAGUCACCAAGCUGACAAUGUUUGACACCCAAUGGGAUGAGAAGAGGUGCCCCCAC